AUGCUGGGCCUGAUUGCAGCUGUCUCUGCCUUGGUUGUUGCAUUUUACCUAAUGGUGCAAUAUCAGAAGAUGCAGUGGGCUGGUGGACGGCUCCCUCCUGGACCAGCCCCACUCCCUCUUCUUGGCAACCUCUGGGCACUGAAUUUUAAACUUGAGAAAGACACCCUUGACAAGCUGGCAAAGGUUUACGGGAAUGUCUUCACCCUGUGGCUGCAACAAACUCCUAUGAUCGUACGGAAUGGAUUCCUCACAGUGAAAGAGGGUCUCACCACAUACCCUGAAGAUGUUUCUCACCGACCUGUGACUCCCUUUUUCAAAGGCUUGGUAAAUGGAAAGGGUAUUGUUUUCUCAAAUGGUCACAUUUGGAAGCAGCAGAGACGUUUUGGGAUCAUCGCCUUGAGGAACCUGGGCAUGGGGAAAAAAAGCCUUGAGGAACGAAUACAAGCAGAAGCUCACCACCUGGUGGAGAUGAUAAAAAAUGAAAGAGGACAGCCCUUUGACCCUUUAAUAUCACUUUCCAACUGUGUUAUGAAUGUAAUAUGCGCUGUGGUUUAUGGGCACCGGUUCUCUGUCGAGGAUGAAACUUUUCACCAACUGUUUGAAGCAUCGUUUGCGAUCAAAACUGAAGGAGCUCCAUACAAAAUUGGAGAGGACCCCAGUUCAUCAUUUAAUGAACAGAACCUUGUGCAGUCUAUAGCCGACAUCUUCCUAGCAGGAUCGGAAACAAUGGCCACCACCUUGCAUUGGGCACUGCUACACAUGGUUACCCACCCAGCUAUUCAAGACAAAGUCAGGAAGGAGCUGGAAGAUGUUCUGGGUACUUCCCAAGACAUCUCCUAUGAGGAUCGGGAGAAAUUGCCCUACACUAAUGCUGUCAUUCAUGAGGUCCAGUGCUUUAGUGAAGUCACAUGGAUUCUUUUCCGAAGAUGUAUGAAGAAUACAAAAGUGAAUGGUUUUUCUGUUGAAAAGGACACAAUCAUUUUAGUCAAUUUAGGGUCUGCCCUGUAUGAUCCCAAAGAAUGGAAGAACCCACAACAGUUUGACCCAAAUAAUUUCCUAGACAACCUAGGAAACUUUGUGAACCGAGAAGCCUUCUUGCCAUUCUCAACAGGGCACUGUGUGUGUUUGGGGGAGAAGCUGGCAAAGGCUGAACUCUUCAUUCUCUUUGCCACCCUGAUGCGGGCAUUUACGUUUCAGCUGCCGGAAGAAGUGAAGCAGAUCAAUACUCAGCCUGUUCUGGGAGCUGUUUUAUUGUAUCCACACCCUUAUAAGCUCUGUGCUGUGCCCUGCUAAGGGUCUUUGCAUCUGUAAUAAGUAAACCCUGACUUAUGUGAUGCCCCUGUAGGUUUUUAUUUCUCCCCAUACUGAUACCUCUUUGUUUCAAAAUGUUCAUUUCCCAAGAUAGGUGCAAAACAGUUUUUGUAAGGGGGAAACCAACAGCACCCUGAUUGGAGG